AUGUCUGGGGCCACGCCCCGCAUCACGCGUUCGCGCGCCAACACCCCCCUCCCAUCAAUUUCCACGCGUCAAUCGCACGCAUACGGUGCCCGCGGCAAGGCAGCCGUCAGUGAGCAAGUCACGACGUCCACAGCAGAGAUGGACGCUGCUUUCGCGUCCACGGCGCGUCCACGCGGCUCGGCGCGUCCGCGGGGCGCUGCAACUCCAGCAGCUGCCAAGAACAAGAAGGCGAAAGCAACGCCAGUCAUCGAAGAGUACGAAGACGAUGACGAAGACGAAGAAGAAGACGAAGACCUUUCGCGCCCUGGCACUGCAAUCCAGUAUUCCGCCGCCUACAUCAACCCUCCGGCCAUCGAGGGUGAUUACCAGCCAGGGGCUUUUGUUCGCUUCCUCCUGCGCAUCGUUCACCUGAUCUCGCUCAUCUACGGUCAAGGUUGGCAACUUGCCAUCACCUCUGGCCUUACCUUCAUGGCGUUCUGGUUCCUCUUUUGCAUGGUUGUCUACUAUUCUACCGCUGGCUGGGUCGCCACGCGAGAUAUCCCUACCAUUGAGAUGGCUCGAGCCUUUGGCGAAUGCGCUUCGAUGAAGCUGUUUUCCGACAAUAUCCAGCAACUGAACAUGUCAGAGUAUCAAUGGGCCAUCAACGCGCACCUUCUUGGUCGUGUCGAGAGUCUCGAGAAUGAUACGAGCAUCCUUCAGCAGCAUCUUGACAUCCACAGGGCCAUGAUCGACGAGCUCCAGCAAAUUCUCCCAAACACCAUCGCCAUGGCCGAAGAAGACGGCGAACUCGCCAUUCCACCUCUCUUCUGGAAGGCACUAGCCAACAAGAUGCAGAGCCCCGACGCAUCUCCGCUCUGGCAGUAUUUCCUCGACACCAACGCGCAGCAACUCCGUACAUUGAGCAAAGAAGUAUUCUCUGAUAACUUUGAAGAAAUGGUCAAGAGCAAGCGAGCAGUUUCUCAAGACGAUUUCAACCUCAUUCUCACCCAACACAGCGAGGCGGUCCAUGAAGAUCUCGAGCAGACUGUGCGCAAGUUCAAAAUAAGCGUUCUCGAAGAAGCUAGAAACGUCGCAGUCGGCGUGCUUGAGAAAUCAGAAAUCAUGUCGUUGGCUCGCAUGCAGAUCCAAGCACUUGGUCAGGCCAACUACAUCCACAACAUCGACAAGCGAAUUCGUCAAGUCAACUACAUUGGUCUCGGUCUCGGUGCAAUGGUUGACCCUCACUACACCUCUGACACCAAAAUGCCAUCCACACAGACCUGGUCCCAAUGGAUGCUUCACCACGCCGGCCUCGCACGUCAAUACCCCAAUCCACCAUCAGUGGCACUGAUCGCCUGGGAGGAUGCUACAGAUGCGUGGUGCGCCGCACCAUCUCAAGACGAGAAGGCACUCGCCCAACUCACCGUCAAGACCGCUCACAAAAUCUUCCUCACCGAACUCACCAUUGAACACAUUCCAUCCACAGGCACUCGCGACAGCGCUUCCGCACCCAAAGACUUUGAGAUCUGGGUCCAAGUCGACAACGCCCGCGAAGCAAAACGCAUCAACAAGGCCAACGAAGGCAUGAUCCAGUGGCACACGAGCACUGGCAGCGCAUGCAAGGGCAAAGCGCCAAACGGCGAGAAGAAUUGGGUGUGUCUGGCCGGCGAAAAGUACGACAUUCACGAGCACAACUUUGUGCAAAACUUUCGUGUCUGGCCAGACACACAAGACCUCAACAUUGCCACCAACAGGGUCGCAAUCCGCGUCCUGAGCAACUGGGGCAAUACCCAACACACAUGUUUGUACCGCGUCCGCGCCACCGGCGUUGAGAUUGCAUGA